UUUCAGUAGGCCUAGCGUUUUUAUGUGAUUGAUUUCGGCGAAAAGAUAAACUCCGUUCCGUGAAACACGUAGGCCUACAUGAUGUAGGCCCCCCUUACCUUAGGCCUAUUAGCCUAUACUCGUACACGCGGCACAGGCAGAGGCCUGUGUACAUUUGUACACAUGUACGUAGCUUUAUUAUAGCCAGUCAGACAGCCGAUUUGUGUCUCGUCAGUGAAUGUGGCGUAACCGAUGUGGUAGCUCGGGAAAUUCCGGGAUUUAGGCCUGUGCUCUUGUUAUGGAGAUUGAGGACCCUGUUCUUAAAGAGCCGCAUUUCACUUUCGAACUCACCUUGGUGGAUUGCUGUGACAUCAUGCUCAAUGUUAAUAACCAUUAACUGUCUUGACUGUACUGUAGUACAAGUUGAUGUCAAAAAAGGGCUAGGCCCUACCCCCAGAACUGUGGGGUCGGACGUAUACUCAGUGUUUGCCCCUGAAGGCUUGUGAAAAACCCACAAAUUGGGAUUUUUCAGAUGACGUCAUUUCUAUAUCAUACAAUUACAUCUGGAAACCAGACAAAUGAGUUGGUCUUAUGUCUUAUCUACAACUUGUACAAGCUGAAAACGCUUUUAAACAGUAAAUAAUGAGGGGCCAGUCUAUUUCAGUAGCAAGGCCCUGUGUUCAUAUUGCACAUAUAUGUGUGUACAUGUACAUCAUUUCCAGGAAAAAAAAAGUGAGGGCAAAAUCCAAAAAACCCAGUCGCCGCACCACUUCUAGAGGCAACCCCUGACCACAAACUGGAGACUUUGGGAGGGGGGCCUAAUUAACUGCAUGGUAGUCUCCAAAACCAGGCAUCGUCAGUCUUGCAGUCUUGUUUCCCUACUUGAAGAACAUCCAACCUCCUGUACUUGCUGUACAGUGGUGGGAGCUGUAUGUUCUGGAUAGCGGAGUCUAGAGGCAACCUUGACAUGGCUGAUCAGGAGGAAGGAGACAGUCUGGUCUGCCUUCAGUCCAGUGAAGCCUUCCCACUGAAACCCAUGGUCAAGGAUGAUCCACGCCUUGAGGUACCAUACCAUCAGCUGUGUGGUGAGAGUGUGACUUACCUGGGAACGGCAUCGGAUGCUGUCAUUGUGCUGUCCAGCUACCGAUUACUGAUACGUCACAAGGAAUCAUUUGUGAAUGUUCCAGUCAUGUUGAUUGAAUCAGUGGAAUGCAGAGAUCUGUUCUAUCUGGUUAUCUUAUGCAAGGAUGGCAAGACAUACAGGUGUAAAUUUGCCACCAAUGAGCAGUGCCAGGACUGGUUAACGCGUCUCAUGUCAGCCAUAGCACCCCCUAGCAAGCUGGAGGACCUUUUUGCGUUUGCCUUCCAUGCCUGGUGCUUUGAUCAAAUCCACCAUGAUGGAGACACACCUGCCCCAGGCAUAGGCUUCCUGCAGUCUGCCGGGGAUAUUCCAACCUACUCCUUCAAUAGUGAAGUCAGGCGGCAGGGCUUUGAUAUGAAAGAGGCUUGGCGAGUCUUUGAAAACAAGGAUUACAAGUACUCUUCAUCCUAUCCUGUGCAGCAUAUUGUACCUGCCUGGGUUACCGAUGAAGAUCUCAAGGCAGUCAGUAGUUUCCGUGCAUCUAGGAGGUUCCCAUCAGUUGUGUGGAGGCAUCAGCGUAAUGGAGCAGUGAUUGCACGAUGUAGUCAGCCUGAGAUCGGCUGGUUUGGCUGGCGUUGCUCACAAGAUGAACGCUUCAUGGAAAACAUUCUGAGAGCGUGUAACAUGGAUAGCCCACAGAGCACAGCACAGGCCACUGAAAACACAGCUAAUGGAACGGCUGGAGGAGAGGCUAGUGAUGUGAGCAUUCUACCCCACCUGGGCUCCAAUCCAAGCAACAAGAAAGUGCUGAUAGUGGAUGCUCGAUCCUACACAGCAGCAUACGCAAACAGGGCCAAGGGUGGUGGCUGCGAAUUCCCAGAGUAUUAUCCUUCAUGUGAUAUCCAGUUCAUGGGCCUUGCUAACAUCCAUUCCAUUAGGAAGAGCUUUCAGGGAGUGAGGACUAUCUGUAGCAACACACCAGAUGGGACCAACUGGCUGUCCUUAUUGGAAGCCACCAAGUGGUUACAGCAUCUAUCCCUACUGCUCAAGUCAGCUCUGAUGGUGGUUAGCACGGUGGACAAAGAGGCCUGCCCAGUAGUAGUGCAUUGCUCUGAUGGCUGGGACCGUACACCACAGAUAGUAGCCCUGGCUGAACUCAUGCUGGACCCUUAUUAUAGGACACUAGAGGGCUUUCAGGUUCUGGUUGAGCGAGAGUGGUUGGACUUUGGUCACAAAUUUGGCGAUCGCUGCGGUCACAAACCCAAUGAUGACGACGUCAACCAGAGAUGCCCGGUAUUCCUGCAAUGGCUUGAUUGUGUGCAUCAACUCAUCAAGCAGUACCCGACAGCAUUCGAGUUCAAUGAAACAUUCCUGGUGAAGCUGGUUCAGCACACCUACUCCUGCCUAUUUGGCACAUUUCUAUGUAACAGUGCUCAACAACGAGCUAAACACUCCAUCAAGGACCGCACAUGCUCAGUCUGGGCAUUACUGGGGGUGGAAGGACAUAAAUACCGCAACUUUUUAUUUGCAUCUUCAACUGAACUAAUCCUGUAUCCUUGCUGCCACGUGCGGACAAUGCAUUUCUGGACGGCAGUGUUCCUGUCUGACUCCACCCCAGCCACCUGCGAUGACAACUCGAGCCUCCUGCAGACUGCCCAGACGGCCACAGGCGAGGGUGCCAAGUUGACCCGCACACGGUCGGUGGAUGACCUCCAUAAGGGUGAGGAGGAGAACCGGCGAGGCAGCAUUGUGGAAGGCAGCCCGCUGGUCCGCCGGUUGAGCGACCCCAACCUGAGCGAGCUGAAACUGGACGGCGGGCGGAUAGGCACCCCGCCGCAGACCCGCAAGCUGGCCGACAGGCCACUGGGAGGUGCUGUGAUGAGAGGAGAAGGUGACGAGAGCGACCCUUCCCUGGAUGCUAACGCCAGUACCUCCGCUGACGAACCUGUAACUGCUGAUUUCCAGGAUGGCAAUAAUCCGAAUGAAGACUCUGCAACUAGUAACGAAGAAGAGGUGAACAGUGAGCCCCUGACCAACGGCCAUGCCAAUGGACUCCUGAACGGAGAUUGUAGCGACAGCGAUCCUGAUGAUGCCCCCCUGGAUGAGAAUUCCAGGACCUCAACUCCAAAGCGCUGUCAAGGCAGUGGCCACAGCCGGCAGUCUGUUGAAGGUAUCAUGAACGGCUCAACAGACACACUGACUGAGGAUUCCAGCAGCAGAGACGGCAACUCUGACAACAAUCACUGGCAUGAGUGCAAUGGACACACGGAUACCAGCGAUGUGGAGGAUGAAAAUGCAGUGCUUGAACUGAGAGCUGAGUCUGACAAUGCAGCUCAUAAUAGCCUUUCCUCUGGUAGCAAACAAAUGGGCAAAUCAAUCAGCAUCAGCACCAGUACAUCUGACCUGACUAGUUCUGCAGUUGGAAGCCGUCUACCUGAUCUCAACGGUACCCUGUUCAUCUCGGGAUCGACAUCCCUCCCAGAGCUUGGCAUCCAGACCAGUAUGCCCAAUGGUGAUAGCCAACAUGUCAGGUACAUAUCGAGCUCCAGCAUCCCCAACUUUGUCUCGGCACCCUCCAGCCCUGUGUCCAGUGAGUCUCAGUCUUGCCUGACCCCCAAUGAGUUGGAGGUAUUCCCCCUCAAAGGGUCAGCAAGUGGCCUGAAAGUCGGCCGCCACUUUGAUGAGGAUGGACUGACCCCAAUCGCAGCACCUGAGCAGGAUAGGCUACUAGGGAUAAUGCACAAACACCAGAAUGAAGUGGCGAUUCUUAGACAGGAGAUCAUCCGCCUGCAGAAACUGCUGCAGCAGACUAGCCAGAUGAAGGCACUCAUUCCAAAUGCAACACUGAAUGGGGUAUGCCAAGAGGAAGUAGUGGUGGCCAGUGAGCUGGAGGACGAAAAAGAUCGUGAUGCCUCAUCUCGCUGUGGCUCAAUCACCUCAGACAUCUCCUGGGAGCAGGUGGAUGAGACAGAGACCAAACGCACCCUCUGGAUACCAGACCACGCUGUCACUCACUGCUUUAAAUGCAACACGCAGUUCAAUGUGGUUUACAGGAAACAUCAUUGUAGGAGCUGUGGCCAGGUCUUCUGCAGUACCUGUACCAGCUACACAGCGCCUAUCCCCCAGGAACAACUCUACCAGCCGGAGAGGGUCUGUAAGGCCUGCUAUGACAUGCUGGAACGCAACAACAGUAGGAAAACACAGAUGGCUCCCGGCCUGGGCUGAGUAGAUGCUCCAUGUUUCAGCCCACUAAAUUUCUAUGAAUUAAGAACUGAUUGGAAUCCAGCAUAUGCUAGUAUUGUAAUCUUUAAGGCCUUGGUUGUGGUCAGAAGAAGGUAUCAUCAAGUACAUUUGUUUGGACUCACUUCUGUGCUUUCUCAAAACACAGACCGUUUCACGAUGAAAGAGAUGUACAUCUGAAAAGAAAGAAGAGUUUUUUUUUUUUUGGCUUGGUUACAGUUUUUAAGUCAAAAGUAAAUUCAUAUACAUUUACUUCAACGGGCAGUAAACCAUAGAUCAGAUGAAAAGAUGCGAGAUUGAAUAUACAAAUCAGAAACCCAUGUGAAGAGGAUCCAUUGUGAAUUAUUUAAUGGUUGUACGACUUGAAGGUAUGCAUUUUAUAUUUGUUAUGCAUGUAGAAAUGAACCCAAAUGGUAUAACUGCAGUGUGAUGUUGUGCAAGCUGGCUGACUCCACAGAAGGCUCAGCCAUGCACAAGCUUUUUUUCAUAGCAAAGAAAAGAAAAUGGACAGAUUGAAGUAAAGAAUAAGUCAUUCCACCUUUAAUUAACGGCAUAGUUGAAUCCUGUCUUGGAUUAGAUUGGCACAAUGCUUGUUUCUUUUCACGUGAGCCAAACCAUUCAUUAAUCCUGUUCAGUUAGUGUCUGUAGCCAGCCUCUGAAACAGGGCUUGCAUUUAAAUGCCACACUUACAAAGUGACAUCUCAGUAGCUGUUAACUUUCCACCCCCAGUCUGUCUCAACCUCAUUCAGUUUGGCCUUUGGUGUAAAACUGAUCCCCAUAGUUUUGUUGUAUUGUGCUCUAGAAAUUGAAUUUGCAUCAGUAUUGAACUGCCACACGUCUGUGUACAAAGUUAUUACCAACUUAUCAUCGUGCAUGAAAAUAUCUUUGUUGCAUUCAAGCCAAUACUUGGUCUUCACAUGCAUGUUGCACUUUUCUUGAACGUAACAUGUACCAUAUCCUAUAUUUAAGGCUAUACAUUUGAGGAUAGCUUUAGCACCAAGCACCUAGAUAUUGUCCCAGGCAGGCAAGCAGAUGCCCACCAGAGCAGAAUGGAUGGCUUGAUAAGAAAUAUUAGGUAGCUGGUUGUGCUCCUCUGUUGUCACAGCCCUGAGCUUAUACAUGGCUUCCCAACUGGUACAGGAAAACAAUGAGCACAUAUAAGGGGAACAGUUAAAAACACAAGUAGGUCAUCUCCCAAAUGCCGCAAUGAUGUGUGUGACUACUUAAAGUAAACACAGGUUUUGCUCGCUGUGUGUACUCCCCUCAUAUUGGGGUAAUGGAACUACUUAGUCCUCUUUCCCUUGGCAGGGCAUGAGGCCUUUGGGGAUAAUAGAACAUAUGAGUUGGGACCAGGUACCAGAAGUCCCUCUUAGCCCUCUGGGUACCCUACCCCAACAUUCAGGCUUACAAUAUCUUUAUUUUCCAGUGUCGCUUUCUUUACAUGUUUGUUGUUCAGGGCAUAAACUUGACUUAUUAAUUUGUAUGUCGAGUGAUCAGUACAUGUUUUAACAAGAAGACAAAAAAUGCUCUUGAAUAGAAAGGGAAUUACCUGAAUAUUAAGAGCCUAAACUUCUGUACAUAUUCUAACUUGGCACUUUGAAUGGUAUCAUUUGUACCUACAGCUAUAAAAUAAAAAUAUGUAACUAGUAAUAAAUUGUUGGUAUUAACUACAGUUUGAAUAAUUCAAAGUGUAAGAUAGGAAAGAUUUAUGAUCUUCGUCAGUUUCUUUGAUUCCUGGCAUAUUGAAAUCAUUACUAAAUGGCUCUAAGAGCUGCAAUUCAUACAGAUGGUGAAUCAGACACUGUAGGUAUUAUGUUGAAGGAAAGUUGAGAUAGUUGCAUGGUACCAAUGCCAAACCAAGACAGAAUUUGGUACAGAAUUUCUCAAGCAGGCAAUGUAGACAAAUACCAUGUAUUUCUGACAUUGGAAACCAACUAUUUUUUUAUUGUAGAAAAUGUAUAGAAAUAUUUUUCCAUUUUGUUUGAAACCAGAGAUGGCAAUUUGGGGCUAUUUGUUGGGUGUUCCCCUGGAAAUGUAAGGAAAGGUCCCAUACAAAAUUUACCCUGACUUGGCUGUCACUGUGUGUGGUAUAGACACAUCCGACAACCAAAAUUAGAAGCCAUUACCACACGGCCAUCCUGUUCGCAUGCAGACAGUGUGCACGCGUGAGAUUCCUCCUUGACUAAUAGGCAGUGGUCAAGUGCCGAAGUGCGCCUGCACGCUCAGGUUGAGACAGCUGGAUGAGUGUUAAUGGUCCCUGGGAGUGGCAUCUCAUUGGAUUUGUUUAUAGGAUGCCUCUACUUGUUUACAUUAACACCAGCAUUUCUCUCAA